CAGCAGCUGUAGCGGCUGAGGUUUUACCUGUAGUCUGUUCCCGACAUUACCACAUCAGCAUGGACUUUUCCUAAAAGAUCUUUCUAACUGAACGCUGUUGGACGUCUAAACGCAGACUUUGCUCUGACUCCUGCUGUGAUCAUUCAUCUGCUGUUGGCUUCAUAUUGAAAAACAUGGAGCAGAACAACAGCUUGCCUCCAUUCACACAAGGCCUAGCAUCUCCUCAGGGUGCUAUGACGCCUGGUCUCCCCAUGUUUAGCCCUAUGAUGCCAUAUGGUACAGGGCUUACCCCACAGCCAGUGCAGAAUACGAACAGUCUGUCACUCUUGGAGGAGCAACAGAGGCAACAACAACAGCAACAGCAAGCUUCUCAACAGCAGGGUGGGUUAGCGGGAACGUCAGGCCAGACGCCUCAACUCUAUCACUCACAGGCAGUUUCAACCACGACAGCACUGCCAGGAAACACCCCACUGUACACCACCCCUCUUACUCCAAUGACGCCAAUCACUCCGGCUACACCAGCUUCGGAGAGUUCGGGGAUUGUUCCCCAGCUACAAAAUAUAGUGUCAACUGUAAAUUUGGGGUGCAAACUCGACCUGAAAACAAUAGCGUUGCGAGCCAGAAAUGCUGAGUAUAAUCCGAAGCGUUUUGCAGCCGUCAUCAUGAGAAUACGAGAACCUAGAACAACUGCCCUGAUUUUCAGUUCAGGCAAGAUGGUGUGCACAGGAGCUAAGAGUGAGGAGCAGUCACGCUUGGCAGCCAGAAAAUACGCAAGAGUAGUGCAGAAGCUCGGUUUUCCUGCUAAAUUUCUAGAUUUUAAGAUUCAGAACAUGGUUGGAAGCUGUGAUGUCAAGUUCCCAAUCCGACUGGAGGGCCUGGUUCUCACCCAUCAGCAGUUUACCAGUUAUGAACCUGAAUUAUUUCCUGGCUUAAUCUACAGAAUGAUCAAACCCAGAAUUGUCCUUUUAAUUUUUGUUUCUGGGAAAGUUGUACUCACGGGUGCAAAGGUCAGAAGUGAAAUCUAUGAAGCAUUUGAAAAUAUUUAUCCAAUCUUGAAAGGAUACAGGAAGACAACAUAAUAUUAUUGACCUGCACAAUUUCAGUUACCCCUGUUUGAUGGAACUGAAUCUGUUGGGACUUAUUUUUAUUUUUUCAUUUAACUAUGUAAAUAAGAAGUGAUUUUAUUCACUGUCGGUAGGAAUAACUUUUACCUUUUUUCAACCGUUUUAUGGCUGCACCAGUCUACAAUUUUACAGAAUUCUUUUAAUGGUUUUAAUGGCUUUGUCAUAUUUUUGUAGAUAACCCACAUUCCUUUAAUAUGCGCACACAUUUUUGGAAAUCUCUAGAAGUGUGUGUAGAAACAAAAAGUGUUUUGCAGCGUUGAUGUCGAUUGGAAUUAAGUUCAAAUUCCUUUUGGCCCCAUGUUGGAGACUGUAAGAUAAGUUGUAGAUGGUAAGGUAUAGUUUGUGUUUGUUUAAUAUUGUGAUUUGGCAGUCGCCUGGCUUAUUUAAAAAACAGCACAAUACAUUGUAAUUCACUGAAAUACUGUGAGUCUUCCAUCCAUCUGUAACCUGUUUGAACGUCCUAUGUUGUUAUGGUAGCAGCUGUUAGGAUGUAUUGGCACUCUAAUAUGCAGAAGGAAGGCGCACAUCCUGGAGAAAAACACUUGGCUAGUUUGUCACUGGACAGGUAAUCGUCCAUUGAUUUGUGUUGCAGAGAGCCUGGCAUUUAAUUUUAUGCAGCUAUAUGUACAUUCAUUAUAUGGGUUAUGUUCAGCCCUUCAAGCACUGCUAAUGUACAUUUCUGCUAGUUCUUAAUUUGCUUUGAAACAGAGGCAAAUAAAUAUAUUUCUUAUCCAUGUG